GAAUCCAGAAGUCAUCUUCCACAUCCUCAUAUCCACAUCGCUUGCUAUCUCCUGUCCGCAGAAAUGGAAGCCGCCAAACAACAACCGCCGCACGUCGCCCUCAUUCCGUCGCCGGGAAUCGGCCACCUCAUCCCACUCACCGAGUUCGCCAAGCGACUCGCCCACCGCAACUUCAGCGUUACCUUACUCAUCCCGACCGACGGGUCAUCCUCGGCUGCCCAAAGAUCCGUUCUUGAUUCCCUACCCAAAUCCGUCAAGUAUAUUUUCCUUCCUUCGGUGAGCUUGGGAGACCUCGCCGAAGGCGAAGGCGCGGCGACUCGGAUCGUACGCAUCGUGACUCUGUCGCUUCCAGCUCUGCGUCACUCGCUCGUGGCUUUGUCCGAGUCAACCCGCCUCGUGGCCAUAGUGGUUGAUCUGUUCGGACCGGACACAUUUUGUUUCGCCAGAGAACUGGGUGUUCCGGCGUACUUAUUCUUCCCUACAACCGCGAUGUCGCUGUCGUUGAUCUUUUAUCUGCCGGAGCUGGAUAAACGGUUUGAUUGCGAGUACAGACACUGGCCUGAACCGGUCGAGCUACCAGGCUGUGUUCCUGUUCAGGGGAGAGAUUUGGUAGCCCCGAUUCAGAACAGAAAGAAUGAGGCCUACAAGUGGUGUCUUAACCUCUCCAGAAACUACAAACUGGCCGACGGGAUCAUAGUGAACAGCUUCCUGGAGUUGGAACGGGGUGCUUUCAAAGCUUUGAAAGAACACUGGACCGGUGUGCCCCCGGUUUACCCCAUUGGACCGCAAAUACAGACCGGUUCACCAACCGUUGUUGAUGGGUCCGAAUGCUUGAAAUGGCUGGAUCAACAGCCACCACACUCUGUGGUGUUCGUUUCAUUCGGCAGCGGCGGAACGUUAUCCCAUCGCCAACUCACCGAGUUGGCAAUGGGACUCGAACUCAGUGGGCAAAGAUUUAUCUGGGUCAUCAAAAGCCCGCAUGAAGACGUUGCGGACGCCACUUUCUUCAGCGUUCAAAGCAUGAUAAACCCAUUCGAUUUCCUUCCAGAAGGAUUCUUAGACCGCACCAGAGAUCUGGGAAUGGCGGUUCCCUCAUGGGCUCCACAGAUUCAAAUCCUGGCCCACCGCUCCACUGGCGGCUUUCUGAGCCACUGCGGGUGGAACUCGGUGCUGGAGAGCAUCGUCCAUGGCGUUCCGAUCGUCGCCUGGCCGCUCUACGCCGAGCAGAAAAUGAACGCGGUUUUGCUGUGUGAGGAUUUGAAGGUCGGAUAUAGAGUGAAAGUGGAGGAGAACGGGGUGGUGGGAAGAGAUGCUAUUGCCGGCUUCGUGAAAGGUCUGAUUGAAGGAGAUGAAGGCGGCAAAUUGCUGAGAGAUAGAAUGAGAGAUCUGGAAGAUGCAGCUGCGAAGGCUUUGAGCGAAAAUGGGUCGUCAUGGAAGCGGUUUGAGGAGGUGACUAACAUAUGGAGGAACCACAGAAGAGCCUAAAUGAAGAAGACGAAGGGAUUCUCUGAAGAUAUGCGCUGAUUAUAGCAUCCAAUAUCCAAUAAUUCUGAAUUAAUGGGAUUUUUCAUUUUUCUUCGUAAUUUGUGGGUAUUAACGAAAAUGCUUUAUUUUUACUUUUUUAAAUAAUAGUAAGGGUGUAUUUAUAUUAAUUUAAUUUUAAUAUCAAAUAUUUUUAUGUGUGAAGCGUCUCAA